AUGAAUGUCCGUGCAGUCAGGGUCGAAGAUCUUGCAGGUAUGCAAGCCUGCAAUCUGCACAACCUACCCGAGAACUACACAAUGAAAUACUAUCUAUAUCACGCGCUAUCAUGGCCUUCACUCUCGUAUGUGGCCGAGGAUCACAAUGGACGGAUUGUUGGUUAUAUUCUGGCAAAAAUGGAGGAAGUCGAGGAGCAAGAGGGCCAACCUGUGACUGACCAUGUUCCUCAUGGGCACGUCACUUCAAUAUCUGUCAUGAGAUCAUACCGUCGACUUGGGCUAGCCAAAAAAUUGAUGCUUCAAUCACAGGAGGCGAUGAGCAGCAUCUACCGUGCGGCAUUCGUCUCUCUCCAUGUCCGCAAGUCGAAUCGUGCGGCACUAAGUCUGUAUCGCGACACGCUUGGAUUUACUGUCAAGAACAUCGAAGAAAAGUACUAUGCCGAUGGAGAAGACGCGUAUGCUAUGCAGCUCACAUUCCAGCAAUAA